AUGUCUCGCCCCCCUCGUCCGAAUCUAAGGGGAUAUGGCCUGCUACAGGCCAACGUGAAUCACUCUCCAUCUGCACAGGAUCUGCUCCACCAGAGCAUGAUGGAGAGGGGAUUCACGUUGGCGAUACUGUCCGAGCCUCACCGCCCCCCAGAAGGCAGUCCAUACUGGGCUGUCGGGCGGGCGGAAAGCUCGGUGGCAAUUCGAUGGCGGUCGGAGCCGGGGGGGCCCGAUGCGACCCCCAUCGAAAGAGGGGAGCGGCACGUCGCCGUGCAAUGGGGGCCCAUCGCUGUCGUGGGGGCUUAUCUGAAGCCCACCAGACGUCUUGCCCCCUUCGAGGGCUGGCUGUCGGACAUUGGACAGACGGUC